AUGCUUCUCCUGGUCUUUGGAUUGAUGAUGCUAGCAACAGCCACUGCCACUGAAGUUUGUGAAGAUGAAUUAGCUGUCAGGCGCACAGUGACAGCUAUAAGUUUUAUCAUCCCUAAUUCUGCGCCUCCGGAUGACACGGAGACACCAGUCGCCGGGAAGGUUGUGUUGAUGCAACCGGGAUAUAGAAGAAUGCAUAUUAAGAAAAAGCCCCGCUGCCAUACUCGUUUCUUUGUGAACAUUUCGGGUCUCCCUCCUGACACUAUUCACGGCUUCCACAUCCAUGAAUUUGGAGACAUCGUUUCUGAUGGGUGCCAGAGUACAGGAGGUCAUUACAAUCCGUUUAACCGGUCUCACGGUGGACCUUUUGCCCGCUCAAAAGACGGUAAUGUACAGGAUAAUUUGAUAUUUCUUGUUUGCAGUCAUGUUGGAGAUUUGGGAAACGUAAGAGCAGACCGCAAUGGAGUCGUCAAUGUUGUGUUUCAAGACCCCGUAGGCCUUGUCUACCUGAGCGGACCCAAUUCUGUCAUUGGAAGAGCAUUUGUGAUUCACCAGAAAGAGGACGACCUGGGUCGAGGUACUGGAGAAGCGGAAGCUGGGAGCCUGAAAACUGGCAACGCGGGCGCUCGAUUGGGAUGCGGUGUUAUUGCCCGAGCGCCGUUGUCCGUGUUACCGAACGUGUAG